AUGAAGUACUUGGCCGCUUACUUGUUGCUCGUUCAAGGUGGUAACACCGCCCCCUCCGCCCAAGACAUCUCGGGUUUGUUGGAAUCUGUCGGCAUUGAAGUCGAACAAGACAGACUUUCGACCUUGUUGAAGGACUUGGAAGGCAAGGACAUCAACGAGUUGAUUGCCGAAGGUAACACCAAGUUGGCCUCGGUCCCCUCGGGUGGUGCUGCCGCUGCCACUGGUGGUGCCGCCGCCGCCGCUGGUGGUGAAGCCGCUGCCGCCGAAGAAAAGGAAGAAGAAGCCAAGGAAGAAUCCGACGACGACAUGGGUUUCGGCUUGUUCGACUAA